AUGAACUUUUCCCUGAAUGCCCCUCUCUUUCACCCUCUUUGUUUAUCUCUCACUCUCUUUCCCUGUAUUUAUUUUAAGUAUAACAUAGGCUUUCUCACCAUUUCCCUUUCCUUCCUUCUUUCUAGACGUCUGUCUAUCUAUCUCAUUAUGUUUGCAAUUCUAAGCCAUCAUAGCGGAAAGAAGAGCGCUUUUCUUUUUAAAUCUACUCUGCGGUACAUUCUUUCUUUUCUACUUUGCCAUUGUUCCUUUUUUUUCGCUAUUUCAUUCAUCACUUAUAAUCUCUACUUUCGGUCUCUCUCUCUCUAUCUCUCCCACUCAUUCAGUAUUGCUCUCUCUCUCUCUCUCUAUCUCUCUCUCUCUCUCUCUCUCACUGACUCAUUCCCUCACUAUCAUUUUGCUAACGCUCUUUUCAUUUAUUCUAUUCCUAAUCUUUUCCUUCAUUUUUUUCUUUUCUUAAUCUCCUAA